GUACGCAGCCGCGCAGCGGCGAGCUGAAGCUCAGUGUGGCGCUCCGGGUCUCCCGAGUGCAGCGAUCCGGGAGACAUGAAUCGUGCAGCGGGGGAACUCGUCCCUUCUCUUCUGGGGCUGUGGCUGCUGCUGUGCAGCUGGGUGUGUCCCGGGAGCACCGAGCUGCAGGCCCCGCCGGACAAGAUCGCCGUCAUUGGAGCCGGAAUUGGUGGCACCUCAGCAGCCUAUUAUCUGCGGCAGAAAUUUGGGAAAGAUGUGAAGAUUGACCUGUUUGAAAGAGGAGAGGUGGGGGGCCGCCUGGCCACCAUUACUUUACAGGGGCAAGAAUAUGAAGCAGGAGGUUCUGUCAUCCAUCCUCUAAAUCUGCACAUGAAGCGUUUUGUCAAGGACCUGGGUCUUUCUACUAUUCAGAGUUCUGGUGGCCUCAUAGGGGUCUCUAACGGAGACACUCUGGUGUUUGAGGAGAGCAGCUGGUUUAUAAUUAACAUAAUUAAGCUAAUUUGGCAGUAUGGAUUUCAGCCCCUUCGAAUGCACAUGUGGGUAGAGGAUGUAUUAGACAAGUUUAUGAGGAUCUACCGCUACCAGUCUCAUGACUAUGCCUUCAGUAGUGUAGAAAACUUACUACAUUCUCUAGGAGGGGACGACUUCCUUGGAAUGCUUAACCGGACAUUUCUUGAAACCUUACAGAAAGCAGGUUUCUCUAAGAAAUUCCUUGAUGAAAUGAUUGCUCCUGUCAACAGGCUCAAUUACGGCCAAAGCAUGGACAUCAAUGGCUUUGUAGGGGCAGUGUCACUAGCUGGUGCUGAUUCUGGCCUUUGGGCAGUAGAAGGUGGCAAUAAACUUGUUUGUUCAAAGCUCCUUCAGGCUUCCAAAAGCAACCUUAUAUCUGGCUCAGUAAUGUACAUAGAGGAGAAAACAAGAACCAAGCAGACAGGAAACCCCACAAAGAUGUAUGAAGUGGUCUACCAAACUGGAUCUGAGACCCGUUCAGGCUUUUAUGACAUCGUUUUGGUGGCCACUCCAUUGAAUCGAAAAAUGUCCAAUAUAACUUUUCUCAACUUUGAUCCUCCAAUUGAAGAAUUCCAUCAAUACUACAAACAAAUAGUGGCAACUUUUAUUAAGGGGAAGUUGAAUUCAACUUCUUUUAGCUCCAGAGCCUUAGAUGAAUUUGGUCUCAGUACAAUCUUAACCACUGAUAAUUCACAUUUGUUUAUUAAUAGCAUUGGGAUUGUGUCCUCUGUAAAAGAAAAUAAUAAUCCUCAACCAUCUACAGAUGGAGCUUUUGUUUGGAAGACCUUUUCCCCGGAAACGCUCACUAACGAGCAACUUCUAAAGCUCUUUUUGUCCUAUGAAUAUGCUGUGAAGCAGCAGUGGCAUGCAUAUCCUUACUAUAAGCCUCCAGAUAAAUGCCCCCCCAUCAUACUCCAUGACCGACUUUAUUACCUCAAUGGCAUAGAGUGUGCAGCAAGUGCCAUGGAAAUGAGUGCCAUUGCAGCCCACAAUGCCGCCCUCCUUGCCUAUCAUCGCUGGAAUGGGCACACAGAUAUGAUUGACCAAGAGGAUUUGUAUGAGAAACUGAAAACUGAACUAUGAGAUAACACUUUCAUCCCCCCGCCCCCCCGGUUCCAAAUGGAAUAUCACUGGCAAAAAAGAACACAAUCUGAGCAGAGAUGAUUUUGAAUCAGAUAUUUUGCCAUUAUCAUUGUUUAACAAGAGUAAUCCCAGUGAGUCAUGGGAAAUACAAAGGUCUAAGUGUGCAGGUGUAACUAUUGUAUUUAUGCCAUCUCCAAAAUGUGUGUGUGAUUUUCAGAGUACAUUUAUUAAAGCUGGCUACUGUGAAACAAAGGAAGGACUUAGGGUAGAAGAAGCAAAAGGAGAGAGCCUAGCUGCACUCUGCUUUGGUUCCCUAGAAAUGUUAUAGAAGUGAGCCAAGGCAGAGCUGCUAUUAGCUAAUCGAAAAGUCAGAAAAAGGGCCUGGGAGACGGGUUCAGGGUGUUAGUCCUGGAUGAACUGCUGCUGCCCAUUGCUCCCCUGGUUGCAAGUCUUGUGGGGACCCUUAGAGUUUAGGAGGGAAAAGUAAAGACGCACGCCUGAGACGGAAAAAAAGGCAUGGGCGUGUUCCAGAGAGAGCCUGCUCCAAAAUUUUGUAACUCUUAAGGUCUAUCAACAGUGUUUUCCAUACUUACCUGGCAGGGGAGAUACCAUGAUCACGAAGGUGGUUUUCCCAGGGCGAGGCUUAUCCAUUGCACUCCGGAUGUGCUGACCCCUGUGAUUUCCCAAAUGUGGGAAACUCGACUGCAUAAUUUGUGGUAGUGGGGGAAAACAAAACAAAACAAAACAAAAACAACAACAGUGUUUUCCAAACUUGUCUGAUCAUAAGAAUCAUCUGGAAUUUGUUGAACAUAUGGAAUUCCCUAGUUCCUCUGGAGAGUCUGAUUCCAUAGGUCUAGAGGUGAGGCCUCGGAUUUUGAACAAAACUUCAGAGCAUUUUAAGCUGAACACUUGAGGAAGAACUUAAAGACGUAUCUUUUAGUUGGGGACUAGUUCAUUUGUGCUUACAGCUGGUGUGAUGUUUAGUCACAUAGUGAAAUCUGCUAUGGGAGCUGGUAUCUUAUGCCUGGUUUUAGUAAUUUAUACCUUUUUCAAAGUGAAUGUGCCCAUUACUGAAGCCUUGACUUUUAGAAUGAUGCUUGAUUGCUUCUGCCUUUUUUUUUUUUUUUAGGAAUGAAAUUUGUAAGUCUGAGUAGUAUAACUUUAAGAUGUCAUACAAAAACUCCAGUAAAAUGAAAAGCAAAUAUAGGCUAUUGAUGUGAACAAAUUGGCAUUCUAUUAUCAAAACCUCACCAAUGGAGCUUUUAUAUAUUUUACCUUUUAAAAAUAUGUUUUAUUGAUUUUAUAGAGAGGGAGGGAGAGGGGGAGAAAUAUUGAUGUGAAAGAGUAACGUUGAUUGGCUGCCUCCAGCAUGCUUCCUACUGGGGAUUGGACUCAACUGGGCCACAUGCCCUGACCAGGAAUCAAAGCAGUGACCUGGUGCAGGGACAACACUCAAUGAACUGAGCCAUACAGGCCAGGGCUCACCUAUGGAACUUAAAAAAAAUACAGAUAGAUCCCCCCUCCCCCCGCCCAAUUAGAGAUUCUAAUUUAAUAGAUUGAGGAUAGGACCUCACCAUUGUAGCUUUUUAAAGUUUCUAAUGUGCAACCUGUGUUGAGAAUCACUGAUUUGGGCAACUGAAAUGUCUCCAAAGGGUUUGUAGUGCCUUAAAAUUGUCACAAGAAAUUCAAUCCAUAAUCAAAGCAGAUUCAUUUUGUGAAGAAUGAGUUCUCAAUGAGAAAGCAUUGACAGUUUAACAGCAGACAACCGAGAUUAAUUAUUCUAGAGCAAUUGACAAGAGUAGGACAUUCAGAAUGACACCAUACUUGAUCAAAUCCAGCUUAUGUUUCAACUUCUUAAGCUACUGUACCAUUUUGAGAAACUGGUUGCUGAAACCUUAAGAUGGUAGUCUCAACCUUGACUGCACUUUGAAAUCACCUGUAGGACUUGAAAGCUUCCCAAGGGAUUCUAACAUGCAGCCAAACUUGAGAACCAGUUCUACAUCUACUGUAUAAUACAAAGAUCAUGAAUGACUGUCAAGGUAGAGAUAGAACAAGUAAAAGCUUGUGAAUUCAAGAAACUGCAAAAAAGUUAACAUAUACUGUUAAAAAAAUAUUUAGUUUGUCAAAGGGUCAGUUUUCUAAUUUUAUUUUUAAAAUGUUAAUUUUUUUCCACAUUGUUUUAAUGAAGACAAUAUGUAGAGAAUGUAUAUGCUACACUGGUACAUACUAAUUUAUCAUCUGUAGACUUAUUUUGCAAUGGGAUAUAUUUUUACUUAUAAUUUUUUCCAACAGGAAAUCUGUUGGAAAUUGCUUCCUCAAAGAGCAAAACAGGUUAUCUGUAUAUCAAGCAUAUUAGUUUUAAUAGUUACAGCAUUAAAGAAUUUUUUAAUUGGUUGAAAAAUAUCAGCUCAUUUACUCAUCUUUUUACGGAAGAGACUGGUAAAAAUGAUGCAGAGGCAGGAAGAGACAGUUCUGCAACUUGAGUACGCAUCGGACUCACCUGAAUUUUUCAAUAGGUUUGGAGUGGCAUAUAAAAAUUUGCAUUUCUAAGUUACAAGGUGAUGUUGCUGGUCUAGGAACCCCAUUGAAAACCCAUUCUAAAAUUCAGCUCUAUGUGGUUGUAAAAAAUCAAACCUAUCAACUUCAGUGAAGAUUUAAAAUGUAUUGGAAUAAAAAUGGAAAAAAUUGGACAUCACACCAACUCUUAAGUUGGUUUGAUCCCUCUAGCUGUUUUUUGGCAAAACACAUUUCCUAUAAGUAGGAAUACCAUUUUAGAUACAUAUAAGCCAUCCACUGUUGUUUUCCAAAUACCUUAUGUACUCACUUGUAUGUACUCCAUUUUCUACAGUUUUAAAGUGACUCAAGAUUUGUAGGCUUUUUACCAAAUCACAAAAAGAGCAGGCCUAAGCAUUUAUUUGGCUUCUUAAGGUUAGGUUUAUGACAUACAGCUAUGUGUAAUAUAGCCUUCAUCGGUUUGUGCACUCUCUACUUGAACUAGAUGAAUGUAUUAUGGGCAGUAUUAUCACUAUUCCACAAAGAACAAUACACUGGAAUAUUUUUCUCUGGGUUCUAUUUCAGCUCUUAUAUUCAAAAUAUUUUCCCAUUUAUGUCCAAAAUAAACAGCAACAUAAUUA